CUGGUUCAGACUGGGACGUGCCUUGCUGUGUAACUGCCUGGGAAAUCUGAUGGGAGAAACAUCCUAAGACAAAGAUUCCUGGACCCGAGUAACACCAAACAAAUAUAAAUAAAUAAGGACAAAACACUGAGUGCAAAGAGCUGCUAAUUAGACAAUUACAGCAGCCCACACUUGGUUUAGCACCUCCAAGGAACCGAGACAAGGCCUAAUUUAAUGAAGAUCAGAAAGAAGGUCUCCUAGAUAAGAAGCAGACCAGCUUUUGGGAGAAAGAUAAAAUCUGACUGGACCGCUGGAGGAAUUCCAAGGAAGGACUGGCUAUAAAAGCAAGAUCAUUCCAGUGAGGAUCAUUCCUGGAAACUGGAUGUAACCCGACACAGACAUUCCCUGCCAGAGAUUUCAACAAGAAAAACCAAAUGGGUGAAGAAGGCUUGAGGAAAAGAAAAGGAGAGGACAAAGGAAGAGGGGACAAACAAUCCAUUCAGAGUCAUGAACCCCAAAGGACAAACCUACAAAAACAGGUGGGGCUCAUCAGUGGGAUCUGUAUGAUUGUCGGGACAAUUAUCGGGUCAGGUAUCUUUGUUUCUCCCAAAUCAGUACUUGGCAAUGUUGACGCUGUGGGUCCUUGUCUGACCGUCUGGGCAGCCUGUGGAGUUCUGGCAACAUUAGGUGCACUUUGCUAUGCAGAGCUCGGAACCAUGAUCACAAAAUCUGGAGGGGAAUAUCCUUACCUUAUGGAGGCAUUUGGCCCCAUUCCAGCAUUCCUGUUUUCCUGGACGAGUUUACUGGUCACCAAACCCAGCUCCUUUGCCAUCAUUUGUCUCAGCUUUGCAGAAUAUGCCUCAACUCCUUUUUACCCAGGCUGUGAUCCGCCCCAGGCUGUCGUCAAGUGUCUGGCAGCAGCAGCCAUUGUGGUAAUUACAAUUGUGAAUUCACUGAGUGUGAAGCUGGGAAGUUACCUCCAGAAUUUUCUCACGGCUGCUAAAAUGAUCAUUGUCACAAUCAUUAUUGUAAGUGGCAUUGUUCUCCUUGCACAAGGAAAAACUGAAAACUUCAAAGAUUCUUUCAAGGACAGUAAAAUUUCUGUCAGCUCUAUCAGUCUGGCAUUUUACAAUGGACUCUGGGCAUAUGAUGGAUGGAAUCAACUCAAUUACAUCACAGAAGAACUUCAAAAUCCUUACAGAAAUCUACCGCUCUCCAUAAUUAUUGGGAUCCCCUUGGUGACAGUUUGUUACGUUCUGAUCAACAUUUCCUAUUUCACCGUCAUGACUUCAACAGAACUGCUGCAGUCCCAGGCAGUUGCUGUGACAUUUGGAGACAGAGUCCUUUAUCCAGCCUCGUGGAUAGUUCCUCUCUUUGUGGCAUUUUCUACAAUUGGAUCUGCCAAUGGGACCUGUUUUACUGCAGGCAGACUCGUUUAUGUUGCAGGCCGUGAGGGGCACAUGCUGAAGGUGUUGUCUUACAUCAGUGUGAAACGUUUAACACCAGCCCCUGCCAUCAUGUUUUAUGGGGUCAUUGCUAUUAUUUAUAUCAUUCCCGGUGACAUUGAGACGCUCAUCAAUUAUUUUAGUUUUGCAGUCUGGAUAUUUUAUGGUUUAACAGUGUUUGCACUCAUUGUUAUGAGGUUUACAAGGAAGGAACUUGAAAGGCCUGUCAGGGUGCCCAUCAUCAUUCCUGUCCUAGUGACUCUGAUCUCCAUUGUCCUGGUGUUGGCACCAAUCAUCAGUGCACCUGAACUGGCCUAUUUGUACUGUAUUUUAUUUAUACUCAGUGGACUCAUAGUUUAUGCACUUUUUGUUCAUUUUAAAUUCAGCUGGGCCCAGAAAAUAUCAAAUCCCAUCACUAUGCACCUCCAGAUGCUUUUGGAAGUUGUUCCACCAGAGGAAGUUGCCACAUGAAAUAUUUU